AGUUGAUUACCGCUACUAGGCAGUAGGCACACACGGAAAAAAACACUUGCUCAGUUUUAACUUUUAGCUACUGUCCUUGGGGAUUUAAUUAUUUUUUUAAAUCUACUGGUACUUACGAUCUUAUUAAUUUAAUUUCGAAAAUAUAAAAUGUCGGAUAAAACUCACACCUCUAGGCUAGCUGCUUACAAGAAUACUGGGCACGGAGCUAAUGACCUACGUCGAAAACGUGUUGAAUUGAGUGUCACUCUUCGCAAGCAAGCUCGAGAUGAACAGCUACUCAAGAGAAGGGCAAUGUCCCCUGAAGCUGAUGAAGUACUGGAAACUGAACAUAUCAUGACACCUCACGAAAUUGUAAAAGGUUUAAGAUCCUCAGACCUGUCCAUCGUAACAGCAUCAGCAAGGGCUGCUCGAAGGAAGCUUUCAAAAGAACAGAAUCCACCAAUUAGCAUCAUGCUGGAUGUUGGUGUACUGAAACCUUUGGUUGAUGCUUUAGACAGGGAUGACUGUAAUGACUUGCAAUUUGAAGCAGCGUGGGCAAUCACCAACAUCGCAUCUGGCACACAUGAGCACACAAUGGCAGUUGUAGAUAGUGGUGCAAUUCCGCAACUGAUAACCCUCUUAGCCCAAGGAGGGGCAGUAGGAGAACAAUGUGCCUGGGCCUUGGGAAACAUAGCUGGCGAUGGUGCACAGACAAGAGACAUUGUACUGGCCCACGGGGCUUUACCAGCCCUGUUGCCCCACUUGCAAAUAAACAGUCCCACAUCGCAAUUAAGAACAGCAGCUUGGACUUUUAGCAACUUGUGCAGGAAUAAGAACCCAAUAGUAAACUUUGAAGUGGUUUCCCCAGCAUUGCCAUACAUUACUGAAUUGUUAGAUAUAGCUGACCAAGAAGUGCUGGCGGAUACUUGCUGGGCCCUAUCCUACCUAACUGAUGGUCCCAAUGAACGUAUUGAGGAGGUUCAAACCACCCCUCAUUUACUCUCCCGUCUGAUUAAGCUCUUGCAGCACAAGUCUCCGUCUGUUAAGACUCCGGCAUUACGGGCUGUGGGCAAUAUGCUCACUGGAUCUGAUGAACAGACGGACAGAUGUCUCCAAGCAAAUUGCCUAGAUUAUCUAACCGAGUUGCUUCACUCUGGUGUAACACCAUUAGUUAAAGAAGCCUCUUGGGCGGUGAGCAACGUCCUCGCUGGUACCAGCGAACAGAUUCAACUAGCAAUUGAUAAAGGAAUGCUGGUUCACCUGGUGCAUGUUCUUGGUGUAAGCGAUAUUAGAUGUCAAAAAGAAGCCGCCUGGGCAAUCACAAACCUAUGUCUGGGUGGAACCCCGAUGCAACUUGAUGCCUUAGUAUCUGCGGGCUUCAUCGAGCCAUAUUGUGCUUUGCUAGAGUCGCAGGACCACAGAGCGAUUAUUGUUGUAUUGGAAGGAUUAACAAACCUUUUGCAGGCUGCUGCUAAAUUUGGUCAAGUGGAACCAUUAUGCCUUCAAUUGGAAGAAAUAGGAGCUUUGGACAAAAUUGAGGCACUUCAAGAACAUGAAAAUGAACAGAUCUACAAGAAGUCGCUUCAUAUUUUGGACACAUACUUCAGCGAUGGCGAAGACCAAAUUGCCCAGCCAGAACAAACUAAUGAAGAAUUCCAAUUUGGCAUCAGCCCAAAUCCAAAUAUUAAUUUUUAGUACUCCUAGAACUUUUGUAGAUAAAACUAUUUUUUUAAGUAUAGGCUAAUUUUUUGCACAAAAAAUCAAAUCAUAAAAAUGUAUUAGAAUAUUUAAGCUUUAAGAUUUUGAGAACUAAGUUGGCUUGUAUUCCUAAAUUAAUCAUUCCAUACAUAUGUGAUAGACCUUUUAAGAAUCCACUUCAUUAUAAUAUUAUUUCUACAUAUGCAAAUAAUAUGGUCCUGUAUUGUGAGUGAGAUAUUUUUAAGAAGUUCUUCAUAAGUGCCUUAAGUACAGAUGAGCUGGUCUCUUAAUAAAAGUUAUUUACAUGAA